AGCUUAAAAGGGAGACUUGGCCAUUCGGCGAUCAGAACGAUUACUGUCGUGAUAUCGUUACGAGUUGCGUUAUUCGAUUACAAAAAUGUUCGCGAUUUUCGCACUUUUUCUGUUUUCCGUGGUCUUUGCUACUGACAGGAGCUUGAACAGGUCGGAUUUGAAAUGUGUGGGACAUGCUUUCCAUAAUGUGUCUCUUUCCGGAUAUUAUCCAGUAUUCGGGACGGACGAUAAACGUAAUCACUUAGACGAUCAAGGAAAAAUGUUGAAUACUCUCCAGGAUUACCUUGAUGGUCGCGCUCGUUUCGUUACCGUGGCCGGUAAUUUGAGAUCUGGCAUUCCGUACGGAACAAAAAUAUGCAUAGAAAAGUUGAAUGAGCAAUUCGGCAGACAAAUUCAUCUGCAGAUAAGGGACCAGGUCGAGUGUAAUAACAGUAAUGUUGCACUCGAUUAUUCGAGAUUGGAAAUUUGCGUCAGGACCGAGGAGGACACUUACGAUACGUACCUCAACGGUCUCGUUACUAUCUACGUAUAAUAAUCGCAUGAAAACUAUAUGUAAUUAUAUUUGAUUGUUAAUCGCCAAUAAUACUGUGAAAUUAAUAUUUUAUAAUAAGAUGUGCUGCUAUAUAUGAAUUAAAUAAUAUUUACGUAUAUGUAAAAAAAGAUUAUUUAUUUCUACAAAUAGUACAAAUUCUGACCUAUUAAUUAGUUCGAUAUAGCGAUAUACAUAAAAUUGAUCGAUUAUGUAAAUUUUAAUGUUUUUACAGUCAAAUACGAUACGAACCUCGUAAAUUUCGUAUAACAUCGAUUACAAAAUCAUAGUUUAUUAUU